UUAGACCGUCAUUUAUAAUUUCCAAUGUUUAUUUCCAAAAUGGAGGGAAAUGUCUAACCCUUGCCGCGCCAAAUCUGUAAAUUUUCUCAUUAUAAUCUUUAAUCUUUUUUGCAGCAACCCUGUCCUUGGUGGAUGAACUUGCUGAUGAGUGGCCAUAAAGUGUAGAUUAUCAUAAAAAGGCUGUUUAAAAUCCGUAAGAGUACUCUAAAGAAAUGAACAACGAGAAGAAGAAAGCAAAUAGAAGACUCAAGUCUGUCAGAGAAGACCGCAUCAGUGAGUUGCCUGAUGCGAUUAUCAUCCAUGUCCUCUCUCUUUUGGCAUCAACAAAAAUAUGUGUAAAGACUUCAGUUUUGUCUAAAAGAUGGCACCAUCUUUGGACCUAUGUGCCUAACAUCAUUCUCUCUCGAUAUGACUUCCUAUGUAACGAACCUAAGCACCGCAUCAUAAAAAGAGUGCUCAACAAAACACUAGCCCUCCACUCUUCUUCAAAGCUCAACAAAUUCUCCAUCGAAAUUGAUUUACGCAAACUGUAUCCUUCAAUUGAGUCCUGGCUUCAACUAGCUGUGGGAAGGGCAGUUGAGUCGCUUACAUUAGAAUUUAGUGGAAGCUCGACUCGUUAUUUGUUGCCUCAAUUCCUAUACUCUAAUUCCAAUAUCCGACGUUUAACUACUACGUUUUGCGAAUUUGUGCCUGAGGAGAGAAUUUCAUGGUCAGCCCUUAAAGAGUUGAGCAUAGGGCAAGCAACUUUGAAUGAUGAAGUCAUUCAAAAUAUUUUGUAUGGGACUCCAGUUCUUGAAGACUUGCAGUUGAACUUCUGCUACGGAAUCAAAUUGCUCGACUUAUCUUUAAAACCUAAGUUGAAAAACUUGGCCAUAAAUGUUGGGCAUAGUGACUAUUAUUUUGAGCUUAAAAUUUUGGGUCCUUAUGUUGAGACUUUAAAAAUUUACCUCACGUUUAGUUAAAGCUACCCUGGAUUUUAAAGUUAUAUAUCAUGGUGAUGAUUACCAAGAGAGGUGUCCUAAUAUGGUUAAGGAGCUCGUUGAAAAUGUUCUUCUACUAAGCAAUUACAACUAAUGAAUUUAUGUACUCAGGCUCUCUCAACAUUGAGCAUGGAUGUUAUGGCGUCUCUAUCAUCAAAUUUGAAAUCUUUAGAUGUCAGCUGUCACGGUGAGGAGUACCUCCGUGGGAUUGAACUCGUCCUUCAAUGCUCACAUAAACUGGAGAAGUUAGUUAUAUUUUUUGACUACGGUAGAUCCUCUAAGUCAAAAUCUGAUGGCUAUAAAAAGGGUUAUUGGACAAAUGCAGAGAUACCAAGUUGUUUGGUUUCCCAUCUCAAAACCAUCGAGGUAUCUGGUCUGAUAAGAAGUCGAGUUGUAAUUGAAUAUCUCCAGUUCUUGCUCAUGAACUCAAAUAUAUUGGAGAAGAUGAUCUUCCGUCGUUCUGACCAUAAAUCUGGUUUGAAAUUGGCUGAGAAGUGGUCAAGCUUUCCAAGGUCUUCGCAGCAAGCAAUGUUUCUAGUAGCUACUAAAUGGUAAUACAAUAUGUAACAAUUUAGCUAGGAUAUUUCAGAUUAGAUUUUAACUCCUUAUUAUCUUUUUUAGAUAAAAUAUGAUAAACUCCUAUAAAGGCUCAUGUACUAUUUGGUUUUUAUUUAAUUGGCCCUUUAUAAAUUUUACUUUUCAUCUUGUCCUCGUAAAAUUUAUCUUCGAAUUAAACGACAUUUUUGUUUGAAA